AGCAGGUUGGGUUACUUAUUUACCCACUCACAGAUGGAAAUCAAAAUCCUGUUCAACCUGUAGAAAGCACAACAUUUUAUGGAUACACUACGCAGACAUUAAACGUGAAAAAUUGACAUGAAAAGGUGAUCCGCUGCACCUGCGUCUCCUCCACACACCAAUUUACUCCCUAGCAACCAAAGAGAGGUACCCUAGCAACCGUUUAGCGAGACCUAUAUCGGCAGCAGAGUACCCUAGAUACAUCAGGUCUUAAAAAUGAGCCUCUAUGAGGAGAAAAAGGAAGAUGUACAGUACCACAGAACACAAUGUUCAGAGCUCAGCUGUGUGUCUUUGAAGAGUAAAGAAUCCAUUUUUCAGCCUCCUAAUCUUGAUAAUGGAGUGAUAUCCUCUGACCCCAUAGAGGAGAAAGAUUAUACCAGCAACUCUGUGAAAUCCCAUCUGACAUGCACUGCUUUAAUGGAGACCUUCUUCAGACAACAGAGACUCAAACAUACUCACAAAUCCAUCCUAAAGAACAAAUAUGAGAGCUUAUUUGAGGGAAUCAAACUACAGAAGAACAAAACCCUCCUGAACAGGAUUUACACACAGCUGUACAUCAUAGAGGGAGAGAGUGGAGGAGUGAAUGAAGAACAUGAGGUUUUACAGAUGGAGAAAACACCCAGAACACAACAAUUACAAGAAACAAGAAUCUACUGCAAUGACAUCUUUAAACCUUUACCUGAAUCAGAAUACAAAACAGAGAGGAGAAGAGAGAAGAAGACAAAAAUAAAGAGCGUUCUUACUCAAGGCAUCGCUGGAAUUGGAAAAACCGUCUCUGUGCAGAAGUUCAUUCUGGAUUGGGCUGAAGGAAAAAACAAUCAAGAUAUAGACUUCAUGUUUGUGCUUCCAUUUAGAGAGCUGAACUUGAUUCAAGAUGAUCAGUACAGUCUUCACAAACUUCUGUUUGACUUUCAUCCUGAACUUCAAGAUCUGGACUCCAAGGUUUAUGGUGAGUGUAAAGUUGUGUUCAUCUUUGAUGGUCUGGAUGAAAGCAGAAUAACACUGAUGUUUUCUCACAAUGAGAAAGUUUCUGAUGUAACUCAGGCUUCAUCAGUGGGUGUGUUGAUGUCAAACCUGAUCAAAGGAGAUCUGCUUCCCUCUGCUCACAUCUGGAUCACCUCCAGACCAGCAGCAGCCAGUCAGAUCCCAUCUAAAUACAUCAACCGUCUGACAGAAAUCCAGGGAUUCAAUGAUCCUCAGAAGGAGGAAUAUUUCAGGAAGAGAAUCAGUAAUGAACAUCAAGCCAGCAGAAUCAUCUCACACAUUAAAAAAACAAGAAGUCUCCACAUCAUGUGUCACAUACCAGUCUUCUGUUGGAUCUCAUCUACUGUGCUUCAAAACAUCCUAAAACAAGAUCACAAAACAGAAAUCCCCAAAACUCUGACUGAAAUGUACAUCCAUUUCCUGCUGAUUCAGAUGAAUAUAAAGAAUGAGAAGUAUGAUGAGAGAGAUCCACAGAAACUCUUGCAGUCUAACAGAGAAAUGAUUGUCAAACUGUCUGAACUGGCUUUCAAACAGCUGAUGAAGGGUAAUGUGAUGUUUUAUGAGGAGGACCUGAGAGAUUGUGGGAUAGACAUCACUGACGCCUCAGUGUAUUCUGGGAUCUGUACUGAGAUCUUUAAAGAGGAAUCUGUGAUUCAUCAGAGGAAAAUCUACUGCUUCAUACAUCUCAGCUUUCAGGAGUUUCUUGCUGCUUUCUAUGUGUUUUAUUCCCAUUUAACUAAGAACACAGAAUCACUGCACUUGUUUCUUGUAUAUGAAUAUGAGAGCUAUAAAUCUGAGGACAGCUCUCUGUUUCAGUUACUAACAUCAGCGGUUCAUAAAAGCCUUGGGUAUGAAAAUGGACAUCUGGAUCUUUUCCUGCGAUUCCUGCUCGGCAUCUCAUUGGAAUUCAAUCAGAGACUCUUACAGGAUUUACUGCCACACACAGAGGGAAGUUCAAAGAGCAUCAAGAAAACCACAAAUUACAUUAUAGACAAAAUCAAUGAUGAAUAUUGUCUGUUAUCCAACAGAUACAUCAAUCUGCUCUUCUGUCUGCUCGAAAUGAAGGUUCAGUCUCUGCACAGACAGAUUCAAGAGUGUUUGCCAUCACAGACACUCUCUGCUGCUCACUGUUCAGCAAUAGCCUACAUGAUUCAAAUGUCUGAGGAAGUGCUAGAGGAGCUGGACCUCAAGAAAUACAACACAACACAAGAGGGUAGAAAAAGACUUGUACCAGCUGUGAUUAACUGCAGAAAAGCUCUACUUGCAAACUGUAGUCUUACUGAUGAGUGCUGUGAAAGCUUGGUUUCAGCUCUAGAGUCAUUCAACUCACCCUUGAGAGAGCUGGACCUGAGUUAUAAUAACCUAAAGGAUUUCAGAGUCAACAGUAUAAAAUAUCAGCUGGGAAAUCUGAGACUGAAGCUGCUCUUUAAUGGACGGAAAAAUCCAAACUGUAAACUGGAGAUUCUGAGAUUGUCCAGCUGUAAUCUCACUGAUCAUUCCUGUGAAGUUUUGGCUUCAGCUCUAAAAUCCUCAAACUCUUCCCUGAAAGAACUGGACUUGAGUAACAAUGACCUGCAGGAUUCAGGAGUGAAGCUCAUAUCUGAAGGACUAAAGAGCCCAAAAUGUCAGCUGGAGAUUCUGAGAUUAUCUGGCUGUAUGGUGACAGAGGAAAGUUGUAUUGCUCUUGCUUUAGCUUUGAGAUCAAACCCAUCACACCUGAGAGAGUUGGAUCUUAGCUACAAUUACCCAGGAGAUUCAGGAAUAAAGCUGCUCUCUGAUGUGUUGGAAGAUCCACACUAUAAACUGGAGAUACUCAAUGUGGCUCAUGCUGGAGAGAUCAUGAUCACAGCAGGACCACGCAAGUAUGCCUGUGAUCUCACACUGGAUCCAAACACCGUAAAUCCUCAUCUCCGUCUGUCUGAGAUGAACAGGAAGGUGACCCGUUUGGAAAAGGAGCGAGAGUCAUAUCCCAAUCAUCCAGAGAGAUUUGAUUAUUGGCCUCAGGUUAUGUGUAAAGAGAUUCUGACUGAACGCUGUUAUUGGGAGGUUGAAUGGAGCGGCUGGAAAGGUGCUGUUAUAUCAGUGAUGGGUAAAGAAAUCAGCCGGAGAGGAGCAGAUGAUGGAUGUAGAUUUGGGUUCAAUGAAAAGUCCUGGAGUCUUGACUGCUCGGAUAACAUAUUCACUGUUUGGCACAAUAAAAACAGCAUUGAUGUCGCCUCUCCUUUAAUCGCUUCUAAAAGAGUGGGAGUGUAUCUGAACUGUCCGGCCGGCACUUUGUCUUUCUACAACGUCUCAAAGAAGCUCACACACUUACACACAUUUAACUUCUCAUUCACAGAACCACUGUGUGCUGGAUUUAGGAUUUAUACUGACUCCUCUGUGUCUCUGUGCUGUACUAAACAGCCUUCAAACAAGAUGAGCGUCCAGAUUCAUAAGUUUUGGAAUUUGGUUAAAAGAGCAAGAUGAUCAUUCUGCACUGAUUUUUUCAUGAUUCCGCGACUGAAUGCAUCAACGUGUCGAUGUGAUUUUAGGAUGAGCUUCAAAGAACCAAUUAAUCAAGAUCAAGCCAAAUCGUCAACAAUCAAAUCCAGCUAACUGAAUAAUCUACGUACAAAGAAUGGGCUCAUGGGCCGCAAUGAUCUCAGAUAACUCAAUCCAGACAUACUAACCAUGAAUAGCAGGUGUAAUAAAAAAACUGAAUUUGCAAGAUCCAGUACAAAGAACAGGCCCCUUAUCUCUGAAACAAAUACCUUGUCGAAAAUGACAAGGAGAACGAUGAGCAUAAAUCAAAACUGUGCAGAAAAGUUUGGCAGUCAGGCAAAAAUGUAAAGGCGCAAAAGAGGAUGUUUUUCGCCCACUGAGAAUCCAAAAACGGUUAUUGAGUUUUUUUUUUUAAAUGAGCGCAUGCGUAAGAACAGCCUCCCUCCUUCACAGCUCAUUUCUAGGGAACGCCUUCCAAACUCGUGCACGAAUAUUUGAACACGAGUGUUUGUUUAACACCGGCAUAUGCUGUGUCGCGUGACUCGCGUCAGUGGAUUCAUUAUGUGAAAUGAUGAUUAUAAACAAAUAAGACGUUAAAACGUUAGAUCAGUCGACACUACUCCCAUUUCAACUAGCAUGUAGAAGACUGGUCACUGCCUUACAACUACAGUACAAGAACAACGUCAAUAUACUUGAAUUACAGUACAACAAUAAUUAUUCCCCAAAGAUAGAAUAAUCACUGUUACCUGUCGGGAAGAAUUUUUGCGAACUGCUCGUCUGUCUAGACACCUCUCUGUUCCUUCAUUGCUCUCCAGCGUUGAAAUGUUUCUCCAAUAACGACUCUGUUUACGUUCUUCUGACAAUUUUCUCCUAUUCCCAGCGGCUUAAAAACUCUUUCUUUUGCGUCCUCCUUCGAGUUUCUUCUUUAACGUGGUGCAAAUUCGAGGAGGAAAGCAGGAUCGACAAUGAAAACAAAACGAAACUUAAGACGGAGUUUCAUGCGCUUUGCGCAUGCGUAGCCUGUGUUUAGUUAUUGGAGCGUGCACGUCUCUCACAAGGAUCGUAAUGGCAGUGAUUGACAAGCCAGAGAGCCAAUCGCUUAUGCGAUGACCGCAUGAGCAAUUGGCUGAUGUUUUUAAGGCCCUAUCUUGUGCACAGAUGACGUAUAUUAAUAUUAUUACUUUCAGUGCAGCUAAUAAAUAGUCUUUUAUCAUUUAGUAAAGACAGUUUCAAGUAAUAUUGCAAAAAUGUAUAAAACAAACAUCCUCUUUUGCACCUUUAAGGACUUGUAGCUAACAUUGUAUACAUUCAUGUUACACGUUAGUAACGUUAGCUCAGUGUAAUAGUUGAUACACUUUAGAAAUGAUAUUUGAACAAAGGUCAUUUAUUUUUCAUUUAUUUCCCUCAUUAUCAAAAAUAAAACUACUUUAAAAGGACUGUUGUUAAUGAUUCUAUGUGGAAGUCUACCAGAAGUUGCAUUUAGUCCCCAAAAGCCAUUUGUUUAUGUUGUUGCCCGCUGAAACCAUCUAUAGUCUGUUUAUGAGUAACCCACUUCUUGUCAAAAUAGACU